AUGACUGAUGAAUUUAAUCGAUACUAUAUCAGAAUUCAAGCUAUUCUGGGAAUAGAUUCAAAAACAAUCUUUGACGAACUUACAGAAGCAUUGGGACCUGAUGCUCCAUCAUAUUCAAAUGUCAGAAAAUGGGCGAAACGUUUUCGUGAAGGAGGAGAAGAUGUCAACGAUGAUCCUCGAUCUGAUCGUCCGAUUUUGGUACUUACAGACGAAAACAUUGAGCGCGUUCGACAAGUUAUCGAAGAUGACCGACACUCAACUUAUGAUGAUAUUACGGUUGAGACUGGUCUAUCUCGUGGUACAAUAGAACGAAUUAUUCAUGAUUGCCUAAAAAUGAGAAAAGUUACAUCACGUUGGGUUGCUCAUCAACUCACUGAGGAACAAAAACAAGAACGGCUUGGAAUUUGUUGUCAAAAUUUGGAGAAAUUCAGAAAUGGAACAUGGCGGUUAUGUGAUAUUAUUACUGGUGAUGAGACAUGGAUUUAUUACAGACAGAUUGACCGAAAGUCAAGCAAUUCUACCUGGGUUGGUGAAGAUGAACCACCAAGGACCAUUGUUCGUCGGAAUAUAUCUGAACCUAGAAGACUCUUUUGUUUAUUCUUUAAAUCCACUGGUCCUGUUCGUAUACAUAAAGUAGAUAAAGGCAAGACCAUCGAUCACAACUACUAUAUUGAAAAUUGUCUCAUACCUAUUAUCAAUGAAAUAAGGAAAAAAGAAAAAUCAUCACGCACAAAUUAUAAACUGCUUCAUGAUAAUGGUCGUCCUCAAACUCAUCGAGAUGUUGUUAAUUAUUUAACAGAGGAAGGUAUCGAAAUAAUGCCACAUCCACCACAUUCACCAGAUCUUGCACCGUGUGACUUUUGGCUAAAUGAUUAUAUCAAGAGAAAUUUGGGUGAUCACACAAACGAAGAAUCACUAGCUCAGGAGGUUUCCACCAUAGUGAAGAAUAUUCCAGUACACGAAUUUAAAAAGACUUUCGAUAAACUGUUAGAAAGGAUGGAACCAUGUAUAGAAAAUAAUGGUGAUUAUUUUGAGCAUUUAAUAAAAUAAAACUACGAGGGUGUGGGUGGGUGUGGGUGGGGUGUGGGUGUGGGUGUGUGUGGGGGGUGUGGGUGAGUGUGGGUGUGGGUGUGGGUGGGUGUGGGUGUAAGUGUGGAUGUGUGGGUAUGAAUAUGGGUGUGAGUAUUGUUCAUCUACACACCAACCCUCGCACCCGCACCCACACCCAGAUAAAUCUGUAGUAUCAUGAAGAAAAUUGGCGUUGUGAAAACAUGAGUAAGAAAAGAAAGCAGGUGGUUAAUGAUUGUCUAUAAUAGUUGUUGAAAAGGAUGAAAGGUUUAUUAGAUUCAAUUAAAAAUAAUGUUUUGCACUGCAACGACAAUACCUCAU